AGAAGACUUUAUCGGAAGCGCGCGGCGCGUCAGGGCGGAUAUAGGGACUGUACUAUCAAUCAUUUCACUGGCAUGUUUUGAGUCCCUAAGUUACUGUCAGUGGACUAGCUGUAAAAUGUCCGCUGUAAACCCACCUGUAAAUGACCGAUAUAUUUUUCGUCGCCGUGAAUUUGAAGAGCUGCCGUCAGACAACCAGAGAGGAUGGCAUACUCCUCAAGCUGUCCACGGUGCGAGGCAGACCGCACUACAGCACCAGCGUCACCGGGGUGAUGCCGACGGGACCCUACCUCGACCUCCAGGUGAUCCCAGCACCAGAUGGCCCCACGUAGACGACCCCACCACUAGAGAGCCUCAGCUGGACGACUGUGAGCGGAUGGGGACUCUCUUUGGGAUGCUCAACAAGUGUCUGCGGGGGAUGGGCUUCAGCCAGAUGUACUUUGGGGAGAAGAUAGUGGAACCAGUAGUGAUUGCCUUCUUCUGGCUGCUGCUCUGGUUCCUGGGUAUCCAGGCUCUGGGACUGGUGGGAACUCUGUGCAUCAUCAUCAUCUACAUCCAGAAGUAAUGAGAGCUCAUAAUCAGAGUGGAGCCUGCUGUUUUCUGUAAUUAAUGCUUACAUGCAGGACUCUUGGCUUAGCACUUUUCUAGAAAUGGUUUGUUCAGCCAGCAAAGGUCCAAAGCUGGGUCCAAUCUUCAGGCUUGUCUGGAGCUUUGCCUGCCUCAGUGACAGGAUUGGUGCAGUCAUGCUGCCUCUGUUAUUGUUUGGAUCAGAAGCUACAGUCCCAGCAGUGAGGAACCAGAACUGCACAUAUCUGUGCAUAUCUGGAGUGUUUUAAUUGAGACCUUUGCUAACAUACUAAUGUGGUGUGCAAAUGUAGCAUUAAUAUGACUCUUAUAAUCAAUCAUAAGAAACAGUGUCUGAAUGUAAAGCUGACCUACUGUACAGAGGGCUGUAAUGUGUCUUUUGUCAUAGAUACUAUGGAUGCACAAUAUAUUGAUGGCUGAUAAAAGAGAGAAUGGAGUUCUUGUUAUUGGUCAAAUAAUGGUGGUUCAGCUGGUAAUGUUGACUUUUUACCGUAGCUGUGCAAACGAACGUUUUCAAAUGAAACUUUGUAUGUCUGUCAUCAUAUUUUAUGACCUAAUCACCCUAAAAAAAGUCAGAUCAUUUUAUCAGAUUCACACUCACAAGUGUUCCAAACAUCGUUCUAAAUUAACUUUAUAAAUUGAGAAAAUGUAAAAUCCACUCAUGCCAUAACAAGUGCUCAAACAGUGAAAGACUGGAUCUCAACAGUUACUGAAACCUCCACCACAUUAGCUGCCCCCAAAGCAAAAGGUGGCGCUUCAUGACCAGUCUCUAUAAUAUAAUAUAAGAAUCAAAUGCAAACAUAAAGUUAUAAAAAAAACUAAUUCAUAUUAAACUGACCUUGAGAACCAAAGUAUCUGUUCAUAUUUAGCGUCACAUAAAAACAAUGAAAGCAUGUCUUUUACUGGUUGCAACCGGCUGUGAGAAACAGACUUGGGAGCAAAUAAAAACUAAAAGUAAAAUAAUAAUUCAAAGGGCUGAGUAGACUUACUGUCAUAUUUUAAAGUACAACCAGUACAAGGCUUUAGAGCUUCUCCGGAGCAGUUAGCCGUUCAGGCAUCAGUUACCCCGGGCGAUGUACAGUAGUUCUGAAACCCCAGGGUUAACCCUGAAGGUACCUCACUAAGUACACAUUCUGCUUCCUAGUACAGGCCUCUGUUCAGAAUACCGAGAGAAUAUCAACAUCAUCAUACCAGACUAGAUAUUGUUGUGGGGUUUUGGCUACAGUGUAAAAUACCUUCAUUUUCUAUUUCCUUAGUCUGCAUAACAAGUCUUUGCCUGUCAGAGUUUUAGUUGUGUGCAAUGAAACAGAUGGCCUCUUUAAUCAUCAUAUCUGAUUGUUGUCAUACUCAUAAUGAAAUGUUAAUCUUUAAAUAAGAAAUACGUCCGUAAUCAUAAAGACCUACUGUGAAUCCAAAGCUGAAUGUUCACAGAUGAGGUAACCCUGUCUCUUCUGAAUCACCCACAUCCUCUUUGUGUUAGCCAUUUCCAUUCACCUCCACUGCAGGAAUUAGUGUGACACUAGAUGGAGUGGGGUGGAUGGAUGAUCAUACCAUUUUGGUAAAGGGACAUAAGCGUGUGUAACAACUUUGACUUUUUGAACCAAGGCUGCUGUAUGGGAGGAUCUGAAGGUGAAUUUUUAUUUGAUUUGACCUGUUCUGGCAUUCUGAGUCUGGUCCUUUUUUUUAUAGUGGAACAUAUUUUUAUUCUUCUGUUGUUAUUUUGAUGACGGAUUAUUCAGAUGGCAGGUGCCAGGUGAGUAUAAAGGUUUUCCAGGGGAAACAUCACUGAUGGAAUUGUACAGUAUGUUGUUCACCACUGACUUACAGUAGCCAUGCUGCAUUUGUCCCUUGUUUUAGACACUGUAAUCUGUUAUUUUGAAUAUCAGUUAUUGCUUUUAUGGAGAGUUUUAUGCAUAACAACAACAGAAAUAUUGAAUAAAAAUGUCUAUGAUUGAAAGUGAGCUUGAACAUGAAUCAAGAGCUGAAACAACGAUUAGUAAUGAUUACUAUGAUUGGAGUGCUGACCACAUGAUUGUAAUUCUAAUUUGCUGGCAAGGAUCUACAGCAGCACUUACCUCACAAAUGUUCUAUCUAUGAAAUCAUUAAAGCAUAUAUUUAAUUGA